UCUUGAGUGCUUCUAAAAUCACAGUGCUGUCCAUAUACUUUAAUCUGAAUCUCAAGAAUGUAAAAUACGUACAUAAAAAUAUGUAGAUAUCCUGGUGUCAUUUCAAUUCUUCGUUUUGCAUAGAGCAGGAACAACCAUUGUCCCUGACAGCCUGAACUCUUUCUUCCUGGUUAUUGUGAAAUCAAGUCAUUCUCAAAAGAGAAGAUGAAUUUGACUGGACAACAUCUAGAAGAUGCAGAGUUUGCCCAGCCAGACCCACACAAACCAUACAACUUUGUGGAGACCUGGAGGCCUAUUUCAGACGCCUAAGACUGAAAGAAUUCUUCAACUACUCUGCUGAACAAAACGAUGAACAGAGCACUGAACAGACACCAUCACAGCAACCAUCACUCUCCCAACCCAGCAAUACACAAUCAUCGUUACAAAACUCCAGAAAAAAGAAUUCCACAUGGACACCCCCUGAGGGCCGGAACUCUUCAUUGGACUUUUACAUUGAAUGCUUCCGUCAACGCACCCAGGCUGAAAUAAUUGACAAACAACAACACCUAAAGCAGAACCUCAGCCAUGCAGAAAGAGAUGCCAUAAACAGCCUCCAAAACAACUCUGGCAUCGUAAUCAAGGAAACCGACAAAGGUGGAGCAGUGGUCAUCAUGGACAAACAGAAUUAUAUACAGGAAGCAGAAAGACAACUCUCCAACACAACAUUCUAUAAAAUACUACCUGCUGAUCCUACGGAGCAAUAUAAAAGAGAACUCAAUAAAAUAUUGAAGACUCUUCCCGUGGACAUACAAGAAUGCAUCCAUACGGACACACCCCAGGAACCACGGCCAGGAAAAUUCUACCUACUACCCAAAAUCCAUAAACUGGGUAACACAGGACGCCCCAUCGUCUCAGGAAGAGACACUAUCACGGUAGGAGUCUCAGGAUACAUGGACUCGAUCCUCAGGCCCUAUGCCACCAGCACACCCAGCUAUUUACGGGACACCACUGACUUCCUCAGGAAAAUACAGUCCAUUGACAACCUACCUGAUGACACCAUCCUAGCAACCAUGGAUGUGGAGGCUUUAUACACCAAUAUCCCACAUGCGGAUGGACUGCAAGCCCUACAGAAUAUUAUCCUGGACAAAACCACAGCACACCUCGCCACUGAACUUUGUCACUUCGUACUCACUCACAAUUACUUCGAAUUUGGUGACAACUUAUAUCUACAGAUUAAUGGCACAGCCAUGGGCACACGCAUGGCACCACAAUAUGCUAACAUAUUCAUGGCGGACUUGGAACAACGCUUCCUCAGCUCCCAUCCACUGGAACCACUACUAUACUUAAGAUUCCUGGAUGACAUCUUCAUCAUUUGGACCCAUGGGAAGGAAGCUCUUGAGAGAUUUCAUCAAGACUUCAAUAACUUUCACCCUACUAUCAACCUAAGUCUGGACCACUCUACACAACAGGUACACUUCCUGGACACCACUGUACAACUACAUAAUGGACGAAUAAAUACCACCUUAUACCGGAAACCAACAGACCGAUACUCAUAUCUACAUGCCUCCAGCUACCACCCUAAACAUACCACUCGGUCUAUUGUCUACAGCCAAGCCUUACGUUACAACCGUAUCUGCUCCAAUGCUCUCGACCGAGACUCACACUUAAAGAGAUUUACAACAAGCAUUUUUGGGACUACAGUACCCACCAAAUGAAGUGAAGAAACAAAUCAACAGGGCCAGACUAGUACCCAGAAACAGCCUGCUCCAGGACAAGCCUAAAGGAACUAACAACAGAACACCACUGGUUGUCACCUAUAGUUCCCAGCUCAAACCCAUCCAACGUAUCAUCAAUGAGCUACAACCCAUCCUGGAAAAUGAUACCUCUCUCUCAGAAGCCCUGGGUGGAAGACCUUUCCUUGCCUACAGACAGCCCCCCAACCUUAAACGACUUCUCACUCACAACCAUGAAUCGGCCAGCAGAGUCACCAGCACAGGUACCAGGCCCUGCAACAGACCCAGAUGCCAGCUCUGCCCCUAUAUCUACCCAGGGGAUACAAUUACAGGACCCAAUGGCAUCAACUACACUGUCUCUGGCUCUUACAGCUGCUCAUCCUCCAAUCUGAUAUAUGCCCUCAUGUGCCAACAAUGUCCUUCUGCUCUGUACAUUGGACAAACCAGCCAACCUCUACGCAAAAGAAUAAAUGGACACAAAUCUGACAUUAGAAAUGGAAACGUCCAGAAACCAGUGGGAGAACACUUCAAUCUACCAGGACAUUCCAUCAAAGACUUAAAGGUCACUGUAGUUCAACAGAAACCUUUCAAAAACAAAAUCCAACGGGAGGAUGCUGAACUGGAAUUCAUAUGCAAAUUUGACUCUGUCAAGCUGGGACUGAAUAGGGACUAUGAAUGGUUAUCACAUUACCACAGGUAACAGAUUUCCUUUACAGAGGUGGGGUCUGGGGGAGCUCAGUGGUACCUGGCGUGGGCUUUCGGGAACCACAGAUCUCUUUGUCAGAUGCAUCUGGCAGGGAGAGCUGUGGUUACCGAAGGCCCAUACUGCAUUGGAAUUGGAUGGUCUAGCUAUUUGGCUUCUACAAACUAACAGGGCAAACUCCUUUGAAGCCAACUGAUACACACACCAAAAGGAGAUGUUUACAUAUACUAGCAAAGGAAUGUUUUGAUUGCUCCCUCCCCCUCCCCCCUAAUUGCCUCUUCCCUCUCUUGCUCUUCUGUGUUUGACCAGUCUCUGUAUCAGGCAUCUGACGAAGAGAACUUGAUUCUCGAAAGCUUAUGCUAAAAUAAAAUUGGUUAGUC